UUGCAAAGCAGCCCACCUCCGUCCAGCCCGUUAUAUUCCCCUCCCCCGCACACGUCAACGCGACGACGCACUCGACAGCGAGAAGACCCCUCCAUCCCACAGCUCCCGAUCUGACCCAGCACCAAAAUCCCGCGGUCAUGUCAUACCAAGGCUACGGCGGCGCACCUUAUGGUCAGCCACCCCAGCAAGGCUACGGCCAGCAGUAUCCCCCGCAGCAGUACCCCCCGCAGCACGGCCAGUACCCUCCUCAGCAAGGUGGCUACCAGCAGCCUCCCCCCCAGCAACCGCCCUACGGCGGCUACCAACAGCCCCCGCCGGGCCAAUAUCCGCCGCAAGGCGGUUACCAGCAGCCUCCCCCUCAGCAACCGCCCUAUGGAGGCUACCAGCAGCAACCUCCACCUCAACAAUACGGCGCGCCUCCUCCCCAGCAGUACGGCCAACCGCCUGCGCAGUAUGGCGCUCCUCCUCCCCAGCAAUAUGGCGCGCCGCCUCAGCAGUACGGCGCACCCGCUGGGCCUCCUACGCCGGCGACGUUGGGCUACGGCCCGCCCCAGAUCAUUCAAUGGGACCCCAGCGCGGAUGCCCAGGCGCUGCGCAAGGCCAUGAAGGGAUUCGGUACAGACGAGAGGACCUUGAUUUCCGUCUUGGCGAACAAGGAUGCUUUGCAAAUCGAGGCCCUGCGCACGGCCUUUGACCGUUCGUUUAAGCGCAGCCUUGUAAACGAUAUCAAGAGCGAGACCAGCAGCUGGUUUGAAUUGGCACUGGUUCAACUUGCCCGCGGCCCCCUUCUGGCCGACGUGCACAACUUGCACGAUGCUAUGGUCGGUGCUGGCACCAAGGAGCGUAUUCUCAACGACGUGCUGCUGGGACGAUCAAACGCCGAUAUUCAGGCCAUCAAGAGCGCCUACUACCGCACCUUCCAUGACAAGCUCGAAACCGUUGUCCGUGGGGAUCUUAGUAUGAAGACUGAGAGGCAUUUCAUCAUGGUCCUCGAUGGCAAGCGAGCCGAAGACUCCGCUCCCGUCAUCCCGCAGCAGGUCGACGACGACGUCAUGCAAAUCUACAAGGCCACUGAGGGUAAAAUGGGCACCGACGAGAUCUUGGUCUGCAGCAUCUUCACCAAGCGCAAUGAUAACCAGAUCCGUGCCAUUGCCCACACCUACAAGCAAAAGUUCAACAAGGACCUCGAGAGAGUCAUCAAGAGCGAAUUCUCCGGUCACAUGGAAGAUGCUCUGCUCUUCCAGCUUCGCAAUGCUACCGACAAGUAUAUGCAUGCUGCCAAGCUCCUCGAGGACGCCAUGGCCGGCAUGGGAACCAAGGACCACCUGCUCGUCACUCGUGUUAUCCGAUUCCACUGGGACCGCGCCACUCUCGCCAACGUCAAGGGAGCCUACCAACAGCGCUACGGCAGAAGCCUGUCAAGUAGAAUCAGUGGAGAGACAUCGGGCGACUAUCGGAAGGCGUUGCUUGCUGCUAUUGGCGAACCAUGGUAAUGAACGCAAGUGUCUCGAACACAAAAAGGACCUUGUCAAAGAUAUCAUGAUUGGGUGGGAAUUGCAUUUUUACCACAGUGUUACGGUCGCUGCUAUGGAGGACAGGCGUUAGGGAAUUUUUGAUACCAUGAACCACGGCGUGUGUCUUACAGCUGCGCAUUGGAGUGGAGAUGCUGGGAUAUGGAUACCAAUGGGUGCGACGUCAAGUACAAAUACAAAUCCCACAGUGUUACACUCGAAAAACAAAUACCCCCUUCUGAUGUCUUGUUAUUUUAACGUGGUAAAACAUGCGUCAUUCAACUUUGGCAAUUUAUAUGCUCUCAAGCGCGAACAGAACAGAUAGCAACCCAGCUUAGUUAGGAUAACGAAGAUUCUAGGCACCAUGUCACUGAACACCUAGCUUAACUUGACGUAACAUAUUUGCAAGAAAUAUAAACCUAGGUGUGAGGAGUCCAG